AUGAGCAACGAAACAAAAUACGUGUUGCAAUUGAUGACUGAUGUUGGGAUGAAACCAAGUCAUGUUAUUGAUUGUUUAGAUGAAGCAUGUGCAGGGAGUGAAACACGUCUAUUUAAUCGGAAAGACGCGUACAACUAUCUGAAUGGGGAAAGGUUGAAAAGGAUUGAAGGAGGUGAUGCGAACACUAUGUUGGGUCUACUGAACGGCAUGAAGGUAAAUGAUAAAUCAAUUGAGUACCAGCACAGUGUCGACGCAAACAAUGCACUUACAAGAAUCUUUUGGUGCGACGGGAUUUCAAGAGCCGAGUAUGAACAUUUUGGUGAUGUUAUUCUAUUUGAUAGCACCUACAAGACCAACAUCUAUAGGUUUCCUAUAGUGUUGUUAUCUGGAGUCAAUUCUCAUUUGUGCACUUGUAUUUUCGGAGUUGCUAUUAUGUACAAGGAGACGACUCAACAAUACACCUGGUUGCUACAAACGUUUCAAAAAUUCAUGAACGGAAAAACACCCACAGCUGUUUUGACGGAUCAAGAUGCAGCAAUGUGCGCAGCCAUUAGAGAUGUUUUUCCUAAAGCAACUCAUCGGCUUUGUUGCUGGCAUAUUUCACGUAAUGCCGAAACUAAUAUAAAAAUUCCAGGAUUCUCAACAUGUUUUUCCAAGCUAAUGAAAAGUACAUGCUCUGUGGCCCAAUUUGAAGCUAGAUGGUCUACAUUGAUUGCUAAGUUCGGUGUUGCCGACCAUCCAUGGAUACAAGACAUAUACUCAAAACGACAUUUAUGGGCAGAAGCAUUUUUUCGAGGCAAGUUUUUUUCUAUGAUGAGAAGCACCCAACGUGCAGAGUCAAUGAACGCUUCACUGAAACAGAAAGUGAGUUCUGGUUGUAGCCUUACAGAUUUGUUUAGGCAGUACAACAAUAAUUUCUUGAAGAGGAUUCGAAAGAGGUUUCACGUAUUGCAGAAGGAAUCUGAGAAUCCACCAAGAGAAGUGAAGCGUACAGGCUUAUUAAGCGGUCUUGAGAACCAUGCCGGUCGCGUAUGCACUAGAGCCAUAUUCGAUUAUAUACAAAAGGAGCUGAAGGAGGAGGCAAACAUAAUUGUACUCAACAAAAGUGUACCUGUUAAUCGGCGGCACACAUUCAUCUUUGAAGAUCAUAGCAAGGCAAGGCCUCGUACAUUUACCACCGUAAUCGAUUUGGACAACGAAGAAUUCCAAUUCGAAUGUAGUAAGCUCGAGUCCGAUGGCAUCCCUUGUCGCCAUUUGAUAUGUGGUUUUAAGAAUUUGACACUUACUAAAUUUCCUGCUAAGAGUGAUAAUGAGGAACCAAUUGAAAAUUUCAAACACGUCCCACAUGUCGGUGAUCCCGCUAAGAUUGUUCCUAAGGGCGGAUCCAAAGCUAAGAAGCAUCUAUGCGGAUUAUGCAGGAAACCUGGACACAAGACCACAACUUGUGAGCAGAAGCCAGCUUCUCGUGCAAGGGCUAAUGCGAAACAUUCAGCACGUAUUAACCCAUUAGAAAAUGCUGGUUAUGGUAACGCUAUCACAGAGGACUCCUUUGUCCAACCUUCGUCAAACACAUCGCAAUUUGUCACACCGGAAUACGUUGGAUCACAUACUAGCCUUCUUUUAAAUAUUGAACGUCAACAAUUGCACAAUUCUGCAGGUGGAAUCCAUUCACAGGAAGGAACAAGUCAUUCGACGUCUCAUUUGAACUCAUCAUAUUUGGAUACAUACCGUCACAUGAGGCAACAAAUGUAA